UAUAAACAACUAGACUAAUUAAUUUUCAUUUUUUGGGUUCGAGACUCAUAAAGAGAAGGGCUCCAUUAUUUUGAAGCUCUUCUUCAGUAAGACGCGGGAGCACAAGUAUCUCGAUCGUUAAUGAAGUGUCUCGCGCUUACGCCUCCGGUCCGCUGGUCUGGUCAAUGUUGGGGCAGUAUUUUUUCCUCCAAGCCCAGCACGAAAUUCUGCCAGCCGAUAGUUCCUGAAUACCAGGUAGAUGCCAUUUUUCCAAAACUUCAUAAUAGGCAAGUGGUUUUGGGUGCAGCACGUUCACGCCAGGUUAAGACAUUAGAGCCCGGAGACCAUUUGUACAAGAGGCUGUCGUGGUUGGGAGACCCCAAUCUGGACGCCAUUUUAGUGCUGCAAAAGUGGGUCGACGAGGGCAGAAAAAUUGGGAAAUGGAAGCUGCAAGCUUACGUCAAGUCACUAAGAAAAUACGGUAGAUAUCGGCAUGCUCUCCAGGUUUCUGAAUGGAUUUCCAGUCGCCCAGAUUAUCAAUUGGCUCCAGCUGACUGUGCCAUCCGUUUAGAUUUGAUAGCUAAAGUUCACGGCAUACAAAGUGCAGAAAAUUAUUUUGAAGGCCUUCCUGAUGUGGCAAAGAAUAAACUCACAUAUGGUUCACUCUUGAAUGUUUAUGCAAGAGAAAAAUUGGCUGGAAAAGCAGAGGCAGUAAUGGAAACGAUAGAAAGAUCUGGUUACGAUAUAUCUACACUUGACUAUAAUGUGAUGAUGAAUCUAUAUAUGAAUACAUGUCAAUUUGAAAAGGUGCAGUUGAUGUUCCAGAAAAUGAGGGAGAGUGGUGUUCUGCCAGAUGCAUACUCUUAUAACAUUUGGAUAACAACUUGUGCUACCAUGUCAGAUUUGGAUAAAAUGGAGCAAGUGAUGGAUGAGGUAAAGCGUGACAAUAAUGUGAACAAAAACUGGACCAUUUAUAGCACCCUGGCAACCAUGUACAUGAAAGCUGGCCUUAUUGACAAGGCAGAAACUGCUUUGGAUGAGUUAAAGAGAAAGAUGCGUCAAAAGGAUCGUUCUGCACAUGAGUUUCUUAUUAGUCUGUAUGCCAGUAUUGGCAAUAAAGAGGAAGUGUAUAGGAGCUGGCAAUCUUUGAAAUCUGCCUUCCCUAGAGUUCUAAACCGAAGCUAUAUUUUCAUCCUUUCUUCAUUAGUGAAAAUUGGGGACACAAAGGGAGCUGAGGAUAUUUUUAAGGAAUGGGAAUCUGUUUGUGUUCGAUAUGAUAUCAGAAUUGCAAACAUCUUAAUCAGUGUUUAUGUUAGGCAAAAUUUGUUGGAAAACGCAGAAUUGCUUAUUGAGCGUAUCUCACAGAGAGGAGGCAAACCAAAUUGUAAUAGUUGGGAAAUGUUGGCUGAAAUUUACAUACAGAAUGGUAUGUUUGAAAAGGCUGUAAUAGCAAUGAAGAAUAUUGCAUCAGUUGGAACAUUUAUUCAAUGGCAGCCAAAACCUGAAAAUGUGCUUGCCAUUCUGACACAUUUUGAGAAGCAUGGUGAUAUUGAAGGUGCAAAGAAUAUUUUUGAAAUCAUCAAAGACAUAAAUUGUGUUAACACUGAGAUGUACAAUUCUUUCCUCCGAACAUUUAUUGAAGCUGGUAAAACUGACAUUGAGAUACUUGAGCAGAUGAGAAAAACUGUCAGUCCUAAUGAAGAAACUGAAAUGCUGCUCAGACAAGUCUGCAAAUCUUAAGGAGAAAAGUAUCGGUUUGCUGGCAGAACAUAGUACUUACAUUAGUUCACUUUUUGUUCAAUAUUUGCCUUAUCAUAUUCCAUCUUCACUUUUUAAAUCCAAGUUGAUUUAGUUUAUCUGUGGGGUGUCUCAGAAGGCUUUGGUGCUUGCCAUUGAAGGUAUGCAACUACAGUUUCUUAUGGUCCUACACAGAAGGUUGCCAGCUGUUCAGAGUCUAUGCAGUACUACCUGCGAAUACUGCAGCCCUUCUUGUGCUAUGAUCAUUUUUCUAACCAAGGCUGCACCUAGUUAUGGAGUGAUAAUACGCCAUUUUCCUACUAAAUAUUGAUUUUCAUUGUCUUUUUCACUUUAUAACUGAACAAGACAGCCUUGAGUGCUAUGGAGUUGUGAUAACUAGUAAAUUUAUUGUAAUGGCUUAGAAUCGAAAAUGCAAUUAAAGGUGACCUUAUAUAUUGUGUAAGCUUUAUUUGUUUAGCUACAUGAUAGGACAUAAAUCAAGGAGUGCUCAAAGAUAUUGAGGAGUUGUUGUGUUGAAAAUUAUAAUGAAAACUCAGAAACUCUUCAUUUG